CAGGCGCCGCUGGCCCUGGACCGCUCAUGAAGACGUUCACCAUGAAGUUUGUGAUCUUGGCUUUGUUUGUUGCUGGUGCCUACGGCUGUGGCCUGCCCACCUUCCCCCCCAUCGUCACCAGGGUGGUUGGUGGAGAGGAUGUCCGUCAGCACAGCUGGCCCUGGCAGGUGUCUCUGCAGUACCAGAGCGGCAGCAACUUCUACCACACCUGUGGUGGCACUCUGAUUUCCAGCCAGUGGGUCCUCACUGCUGCUCACUGCAUCAGCAAAGGUCGCACCUACAGGGUCUACCUGGGAAAACACAGACUGAAUGAAAACAACGAGCCAGGCUCCAUCGGCGUCAGUCCUUCAAAGAUCAUCGUCCACGAGAAAUGGGACUCUUACAAUAUCCGUAACGACAUUGCGCUGAUCAAGCUGUCAAACACUGUCCAGUUUACUGAUGCCAUCAUGCCUGCCUGUCUUCCCACAUCUGGACAAAUCCUGCCUAACAACACUCCCACCUACGUCACUGGCUGGGGACGUUUGUCGACUGGAGGUCCUCUUGCUAACAUUCUGCAGCAGGCCCUUCUUCCCGUGGUCGACCAUGCUACCUGCUCCAGGUCUGACUGGUGGGGCAACCUGGUGACCACCAGUAUGGUUUGCGCUGGAGGAGAUGGAAAGCUGUCUAGCUGCAAUGGAGACUCUGGUGGUCCCUUGAACUAUCGUAACCCUGAUGGUUCCUGGUCUGUCCAUGGUAUUGUGAGCUUUGGUUCAAGCUUGGGCUGCAACUACUACAAGAAGCCAUCUGUCUUCACCAGAGUCAGCGAUUACACAUCCUGGAUCAACAAUGCUAUGGCCAAAAACUAAGAUGCCAGUGUUAGUUUUGGUUGUUGCACUUCAUCACCAAAUAAAAUGUUAAAUGAC